AUGAAGUGCUUCAUCAUCACAGGCGCCAUCUUGUUGGCGCCCUUGGCGAUGGCCAAGCCGGUUAACUUUCAAUCAGCCCGGCCCAGUCUCGUCAAGCUUGCGGCGGCCGCCGGCAAGAACAUCACGUCGGAUGGCCCGAACUUCGAAGACAACGUUCAAGGACCUGAGCAAAACAUGCACCAGUGCAUCGUAAACUGUUGGGUCAAGAAGAUAGGGGAUGCGAACAAGAUAGGGGAUGCGGACACAAUGAAAUGCACCUGGGAUUGCAUGAACCGCCCCGAGAACACCCACUUCGCCGUCCACAAGCACUUCGCUCUCAACGAGCACUCCGCUCUCAACGAGUAG